AUGACAGGAGGAGGAGUCUACUAUAGUUUCGUAUGCGUUGGUUUAAAUUCUUCAAUUAGCGUCGUCAGCACCCGCACGGGUACCGGAAAGACGGUAGUGUUGGGGAUAGAUAAGUAUCUAGCACCAACAAGUUUGGAUAGUUUUGAUCUUUUCAGAGGCAAAAGUGUUUGUGGAGGCUUGUUUGGUGGUUUGAAACCUAAACUAGAUAUUCCGAUUCUCCUCGAUCAUUACUUAAAAAAGGAGCUUAAUCUGGAUAGUUUUAUUACACAUAAAUUGAAGUUUGAACAAAUCAACAACGCUUUUAAUAUAGGGGUUUUUUUUGAAAAAUACACCGAUUAA